UCUGAGAACACCAUCGGCAUUGGCAUUGGCAUUGGCAUUGGCAUUGGCAUUGGCAUUGGCAUUGGCAUUGCAGUUCCCCCACACUGCAGAAUCAAGGAAGCAUGAAUUUGUCGAAGAGCCUUUCGCCAUCUCCAUCAUCCCCCUCCUCCCCCUCUUCCUACAUUCCGCCCCACCGUACCCAGCUGCACCCUCGCAUGAUCUCCCUCUACUCCCCGCACCCUAAUCCCAAACCCCACACCACCAAAUGCCUCCUCUUCUUCUUCGCCCUCCUCUUCUUCACCGCCCCCUUCCUCUUCUACCUCUUCUCCACCGCCCUCCAAAUCCACUCCUCCCCCAAAUUCUCCCACGCCCGCCCCGCCUUCUUCACCCUCGCCCUCCGCGCCGGCCCCGCCGCCCUCCGCCUCUCCGUCUUCCACUUCCUCGGCCCCGCCCUCCUAGCCGCCGCCCACUCCGCCUCCGCCGCCCCCGGCUUCGCCGCCGGCCCCCAGGCCCUCCGCGGCGCCGUCGCCGAGCUCCUCGACUUCGCCAAGGGGACCGUCCCGCCGCGGGACUGGAGCAACACCAUUGUGCGCCUGGCUGCCACCGAGGAGCUGGAGGGGCUCGGCGCCGAGGAGGUCGAGAAGGUUCUGGAAAGUUGCAGAGAGGUUUUGAGGGUGUCCGGGUUCUUGUUCAAGGAUGAAUGGGCACACGUCGUUUCGGGGGAAGAACAAGGCAUCUCUUCCUGGGUUGCUGUAAAUUAUGUUCUUGGAAACUUGGGACGCGAGCCUCAAGAAACAACUGGAAUAGUUGAACUUGGUGGGGCUUCUUUGCAGGUUACAUCAGCUAAUUUUAAUGCAGAUUUAACUCACACUUCAAGGACUAUAAGAUUGUCUGGGGUUACAUACAACCUUCACACGUGGAAUUGGCCACAACUGGGUCAGGACGUGGUAUGGAAAUCAUUAGAGGAGCAGCUGAAAUAUAGAGAGUUGAAGCUUUCUUCAAAAUUUAGCGAAAGUAAUAUAAUUAAUCCUUGCAUUCCUAGAGGGUAUGAUCAUCCUUGGAUCUCUAAUUCAAGUUAUGUAAAUCACUCAAUCUUCCAACCAGCUGGAAAUUUCUCAACAUGCAAAUCUGAAGCUCUAUCAUUGUUAAAGAGAGCAGAAGAUAGAGAUAAAUGCUUGCAUCCACCUUGUAAAAUCACUUCAUCCUUUUAUGAGUUAUUAGGCGAACAAGUUUCUUCAGAAAGCUUCUUGUUUACUUCUGAGAUUCUUAGGAUGGCUCCUAGGACUUCUUUGUUUGAAUUGGAGGCAGAAGGCCGACAUUACUGUGAAGAUCAUUGGGAUGCUCUCAAAGAUCAGCAUAAUGAAAUUGAUUAUCUGGAUUUAUUGCAGUAUUGUUUCUCUUCUGCAUAUAUGUUGGCACUAUUGCAUGAUGUUCUUGGGAUUUCUAUGGAAGAGAAAAGGGUUGGAUUUGGGAACCAGAAGAUUAACAGUCAUGUUGAUUGGACGCUUGGAUCUUUCAUAAUUGAAACAAUGGCAGAACCCCUUGAAUCCGAACAUAUAAAUACAGGGAUGAUUGUUGGGACUGAAUCAGUCACGUAUUUUUCAUUAUUUGCAUUUGUUUUCUUAAUCAUUCUUGCUGCAUUUUUUGUAAUGCAAUGGAGAAAGCCACAACUGAAGACGGUAUAUGACCUUGAGAAGGGACGCUAUAUUGUUACGCGUCUACCCAGGUGAUACUGUUACCUCCUGCCUAUAAUUUGUUCAUUCAAUUUUCCCCAUUUGUGAAGAACAUUCAAGCAGAUGUGCCUCCCAUGUUCAUCCAAAAUAUCUCAAAGUGAAAGUCUAAGCUCCAGAGAAACGUUGAUGUUUACUCAGCAGAUUACAGUAAUAUAAGCAAAAUAUUCUACGAAUAGAAGGGACCAUUCUCUGGAAAAUGUGGAGCUAGCUUAUUGAUUUUUGGCUGUUUCAUGAUUGUAAUUUUUUCUCCUCCUUUAUGGUUUUGUCUUCCAGAUGUUGGAGAGGGAAGGUGAAAGAGAAGCCUUAAAAUCUGCAGAUUAUAUAUGUAAUCAAAGGGGAAGUUGUAGUUAGAUGGUUAUGAUCAAUUUGAUAGUUAAUUAUAUUUUAUCUAGUGUAUAUGUCGCACCGUGUCCUAUUAAUUUUAUUAUUAUUAUUAUUAUCAUUUCA